CCUCACACACACCCUGCCCUUUGUCUGGGGGUCCUAGCCCUCCACACUGCGGGCCUGGCCCGGACCCAGAGGCUUUCGGCCCUGAAGAGUAAACAGUAAACUCGUUGCGUACUUUCACUUUCGUUUCAAAGAAGCGGGAAGGAGGAAGGUCAUGGUGCUGGUUCUCCUAGCAGGGGUCCCCAGGCCGACGUGGGGGAAUGAGGGGCCUUAAGGGGGGACAUGGACCUACUACAAGCCUGGGAGCUGCCCCGCUGGAGCCUGGAGCCCACGGCUGAUGCCCUGCGUCUCGCCAUGGUCCUUGUUUUCCUGGCGUGCCCCCACUAUGCCCUGGUGAUGGCCUCGUGUAAACUGGAUGAGUACCCGGUGUGGGACUACUGUUGCCCCAAGUGCCGGCCAGGUUACCGGGUCAAGGAGGCCUGCAGGAGCUCCAAGUCCACGCUGUGUGUGCCCUGCGCUGCCGGGACCUUCACGGCCCACCUGAACGGCCUGGACGAGUGUCUGCAGUGUCGUGUCUGCGACCCAGACAUGGGCCUGGUGACCAGGCAGAGGUGCUCCAGCACGGCGAACACCGAGUGCGGCUGCGCCCGGGGCCACUUCUGCGUGUCCCACGACGGGGACCAGUGUGCCGAGUGCAGGCCCCACAGCGUCUGCGGGCCAGGCCAGCAGGUGCAGGCGGCAGGCACCGAGCACCAGGACGUGGUGUGUGAGGACUGCCCGCCCGGCACCUUCUCUCCCAACGGGACCCUGGCAGCGUGCCAGCCCUGGACCCAGUGCAGUGGCCCGUUUGAGAGGCAAGAGAAGCCUGGGACCCGCAGCACGGACGCCAGGUGCUCCUCCUGGGCACCGUGGCUCCUCCUGCCCCUGCUCCUGGUCGUGCUCCCUGUCCCCUGUGUGAUAGCCACAGUCGUCUGGCUCAGGAGGAGGCGUCUCCGUGGAGGAUUCGUCCAGAAGUGCUGCCUCUCUCAGGGCAACAGACGGCAGGACGACGAAAACGCCGCAGCCGUCCAAACCCUGGGGAUCACCCAGGUCCUGCCCGAUGUCACCACGGUGGCUGUGGAGGAGACGGCCUCCAUGUUCCCCAAGACAGACCCGACCGCCGACCAGUGGCCGCAGGGCGCAGCCACUUGAGCGACCCCCCAGGGCCUUCUGAAGCCGCCGGUCUCCAAGGGCUGAGCGCCGGCCGUGGGGCCUCGGGGAUGCACUGCCGGGAGGCCAGCCCUGGACAGGAUUGGGGGACGCCUGCAGCAGCCCAGGGGUGCCGGGGUCCACGGUGGCCCGCCCACCACUCUCCUGAGGGGCCCUGAGCCCUCCCCUCACCCCUGCACCCUUCCGACGCCCCCAUGGACACUCUUGGUGCCCCACCAGCCUGCCUCCAGCCCCGUGACCCCCAGCUCCUCAGGGGUACGAAACCCCUGAGAGGUAUUUCCAAGUCGAGGUGUUCUACUUUUCUUAUUGGCCAAUACAAGUUGGUGCCUGCUC